AUGGAUCUUGACUUAGCUUUGCUGAAUGAUAAAUCCGCUGCCGUUACUGAUAAUGAUUCGAGUUGUGCGGAUGAACAGAAAGUGCCAGGGAAACCAAAAUUUGUGGAAGAACGUUUUCGUUCUGCAGCUAAGUCUCUCACUGGUACACUAGUGGCUGAACUCACGACCAUGAAUUUUGAUGGGUCGCCCAUAUAUUCUGAACUUGAAGUGAAGGCCAACAAGUUCAAGAAGAAGAAAGCACAUGCUAAAGCUCUACAGGAUGCUAGGAAGGAACAUAAGGCAGAUACGUGUCGCUUCUGUAACAAGGAAGGACACUAUCAGAAAAAUUGCCUGAAACAUAAAGCUUGGUUCGAAAAGAAAGGUACUAUUAGUGCUUUUGGAUUCCUUACGAUCCAAAUUACGAAUCCAAAUAAGGAUUUCUUGUUCAUGGGAAAUCGUAUGGAAGCUCCAAUUGAAGGUUAUGGAUACAUCUAUUUACUGAAAUCUCAAGCAACAGCUGCUCUCAAAGUGUUUGUUAAUGAAGUUGAAAGGCAAUUAGAUAUAAAGGUGAAAAUUAUUAGGUCAGAUAGAGGUGGUGAAUAUUAUGAAAAAUAUAAUGAAUCGGGACAAUGUCUAGGUCCAUUUCCAAAGUUCCUCGAGGAACGUAGCAUAUGUGCACAGUAUACUACACCAAGAACACCUCAACAAAAUAGUGUUGCAGAAAGGCGUAAUCGAACACUUAUGGAUAUGGUUAGGAGCAUGAAAGGUGCUAAGAAAGUCUUGAGGUACCUGAAAGAAACGAAGGAUUUCAUGCUCAUGUACAGGAGAUCCAAACAUUUGGAAGUUGUUGGAUACUCGGAUUCAAAUUUCGUUGGAUGUAUUGGCACUAAAAAGUCCACAUUUGGUUAUUUGUUCCAAUUAGCUGAAGGAGCAAUAUCGUGGAAGAGUGCCAAACAGUCUGUCAUUGCUACAUCCACGACGGAAGCAGAAUUUGUGGCAUGUUUUGAAGCCACAAUUCAUGCAUUAUGGCUGCGAAACUUUAUUUCAUGA